CAUGGACGAUGUUUGAAGCACGUUAGACGAAAUCUUACGGAUGCGUCGUACGGACCAAGUCGUCUCGACGUUUCUGAUUUUCAUUUGAUUUUUACCUGUGAUCGUUUUCUUACGUCCGAUCGGGGUGGUUCGUGCAUGUGAAUCAUCGUCGGCUGCACCCUUCCAGCUUCGUCGACCAAUCGUCAGGGAGUAUGAGGCCCGCAAAGAGCUGGGCCACCCUGGCCGCGGCCGUGCUUACUACGGCCCUAUUCUGGCAGUCCAUCUCAGCCGAUGCGCCAAUCUCAGGCAGCUAUUUACCACCAUCAACGAGUUAUGGGACACCGAACAUAGGAGGCGGAAGCGGCGGAAACGGCGGAAGCUUCGGCGCCCCAUCCUCUAGUUACGGGGCACCUAACGGAGGUGGUGGAGGUGGUGGUGGCGGUGGCGGUGGUCGUCCUUCCUCCACCUACGGAGCCCCCUCUAGCAACUAUGGAGCCCCAUCGAGUAGCUACGGAGCGCCCUCUAGCGGCAAUGGUGCACCAUCCAGCAGCUAUGGCGCCCCCUCGUCCGGUGGCGGCGGCGGUUUCGGUGGCGGUGGCGGUUUCGGUGGCGGUUUCGGUGGCGGAAUCUCGUCAAGCUACGGUGCCCCGUCCCGUGGCGGUGGAGGUGGGGGAUCACUGUCCUCGUCUUAUGGCGCACCUAGUUCCGGCGGCGGUGGACUGUCCUCCAGCUAUGGUGCUCCCACUGGAGGCGGUGGCGGAUAUUCAAGACCAUCUUCGUCUUACGGUACACCUAGCACCGGUGGUGGCAGUUUCAAUGGAGGCGGACGUGGAUAUUCUGGAGGCGGAGGUGGUUACUCUAACGGCGGCGGCGGUAGAGGUGGCUAUUCCGGCGGUGGCGGAGGCUACUCAGGAGGCGGCGGCGGUUACUCGAACGGCGGCGGUGGAUAUUCCAACGGUGGCGGCUACUCUGGAGGUGGUGGAGGUGGUUACUCUGGAGGUGGCGGAGGUGGCUACUCCGGAGGUGGUGGUGGGUACUCUGGAGGCGGAGGCGGCUACUCUGGAGGAGGCGGAGGUGGCUACUCUGGAGGUGGCGGAGGCGGCUAUUCUGGAGGUGGCGGAGGUGGUCAAGGGUACGCUAGCAACGGAGGUUAUCAAUAUUAAUCGCCGGGUAUCUUCACCCCUUGCGACGACCUUCGACCUUGUUUCAUCAGUCAUCGAGCAUCAUCGGGCGAAUCAAAGUAACCUAAACGCGUCAAUGUCCUCCGUGCUACAAUCGAAACGUGAAAAUGUCAUUCAACGCACCA